CAUUGGAAGACUUGCAGUUUUGUUCACACACACUCCUCCAUCAUCAAAUUAUGAUGUCUCAAAGCUAAGCUAAGCUAAGUAAACUAUUGAUGAAAGACGAUCAGAUCCAUUCAAUUGCUUCAUCUCUUUGAGAUUCUGAAACAUAUAUUUUAUUUUGCUCAACUCCGAUAGAUCCAUAUAUCUAGCUUCAAUACAAUAUAAUGGAUUUCGUUCUUAUCACUUCUCUACUAAAUACAUUACAGAUUAAUCUUCUAGAGCGUUUUGGAAAGGAUAUCCUUUUUUGGGAUGGUGGAAGGGAUACCUUAAUUCGUCAUAAAGAAAAGAUCGAAUCUUUGCGUGACAAGAUUCGAAAUUUGCAAGCCUUUUUGGAGGAUUCUCGCAACAAGAUCACAAGGAGAGUCUUGGAGUCAGAGAUCAGAGGGGUGGCUCGUGAUGCAGAAGACAAGAUCGAAUCAGAAUUACAUCAACUUUAUUUGAUGUUCAACGAGUCAGUCGACGUUGUUGAGCCUUCUGAGAGUCUUUAUCAGACCUUGAAACAAGUAAAGCGAAAAAUUACAUCAAUUGAACGGAGGAUUCAGAUUGAGAGCAAGAACAGCAGCCAUUCUGUAGAGCCGCCGCAAAGAAGAAACGCAAUUGAGAAUAUCAAAGUUGGUAGUUUCUCUAAAACUUCUUCCUCAGAGCCAGAGAAUAAUGUAAUGGUAGGAUGUGCUGAUCAAUUUGAUACCAUAGUGUGCAAGCUCACUACUUCACUAUCAAAACAACUCCAAGUCAUCUCAGUUGUGGGGAUGGGAGGCAUUGGCAAGACUACUUUGAUUAAAAAAGUCUUUGAAGAUGCAACAAUUGCUACUCAUUUUGAUGUUCGAGCAUGGGCUACAGUAUCACAAAAGCAUAAUCUUAGAGAAAUGCUCAUUCAGCUUCUGGGUUCUAAUGUUACCAAUGGAGUAGACAACAAUAAUCUUGCAAAUGAAUUGCGUAAAAAGUUGAUGGGUCAGAGAUACCUAAUUGUUAUGGAUGAUAUAUGGGAAACCAAGGCAUGGGAUGACAUCCAUGGAUAUUUUCCAGAAGAUUUCAAUGGAAGUCGAAUAUUAUUGACUACAAGGCUUAAACAAGUGGCUGACUAUUCUGCAGGCUCAGGUAACAAUAAUCUUCAUAUUAACAUGCGGUUCUUAAAUCCUCAUGAAAGUUGGAGUUUAUUUUACAAGAAAGUAUUUGAAGAAAAAAAUUUCUCCAUUGAAUUUGAGACAAUUGGUAGAGGUAUCCUUGAAAAUUGUCAAGGAUUACCUCUAACCAUCAUUGUGGUUGCUGGGCUUCUCACCUCGUUCAAUGAGCCAUCACGAACCCAGUGGGAGAAUAUUGCUGAAAAUUUGAAUUCAUUUCUCAACACACAUCAAGAAGAAAAAUGUUCAAAAAUACUAUCACUAAGUUAUGACCACUUACCUCUGCACUUGAAAGUUUGUUUCCUAUAUUUUGGUAUUUUCCCAGAAGAUAGUAUGAUUUGUGUGAAAAAAUUGAUUAUGCUUUGGGUUGCGGAAGGAUUCUUAAAGUUUGAGAAUGGAGAAAUCAUGGAAAAGAUAGGCGAGACUUACUUGCAAGAUCUUGUAGAUAGAGGUCUAGUUCAAAUUGUUAAGUGGAGUUGUGAUGGAAAAAUCAAGUCUUGUAAGCUCCAUGACCUCUUGCAUAACUUUUGCUUGGAAGAAGCACGGAGGGAAAACCUUUUGGAUGUUAUAAAUGAAAAUAAUAAUGUUGAGGUGGGUAGAGUUCAUAGUCUUAGUAAGCCUGCAGGCAUUGGAUUAGCAAAAUUCUUGGAUCCAAAAUAUUGGAUACAAAAGCUUGGAUCCAAAAAUCACAUGCGUAUGUCAACAGGCUUGGAUGGAAAAGCUUGCCGUUGGAUCAGCAGUCAAUCCAUCCAUUUGGGUUCUCCUAUUAGUAUUAAUCACACAUCUCAUCAGGAAUUUCGUUCAAUUCUAUAUUUUCCUAAGGCUUCUGGAUUAUUGGCCAAUUACUCAUCCCAAACAUUUCGCUUCUAUCCUAAAUUGUUAAGGGUGAUGGACUUAAGUCUAUGUGAUUUGGUUGACAUACCAAGUGAAAUAGUGAAUCUUGUUUCUUUGAGAUACUUAGCCCUGAGAACUAAUGCACCCCUUAAAGAUUACAAAUGGUUUAUGCUUCGAAGAUUGCAGACCUUUAUUAUUGAAACCAUUGGACCUAAUGCUCCGGGGGAGGUUUGGAAGUCGCCGAUUGAUAUUUUGGACAAUAUGCCACAACUAAGGCAUGUUAUGUUCCGUAAGUCGUCGGUUUGUCUUCCAAAGUGGAUUCAUCAUAACCUGCAAAGUAUCUCUUGCUUAUAUCUAUGUGCUCAACGUAGUUGGGGAAGUAUGGGAAACUACAUAAAAUUUCCAUGUUUGAAGAAACUCGGGAUUUACAUUGACAUCAACUCUGUUUCAAAACCUAAGCUUUUAAAUGAGGGCCCUUCCUCGUCAUAUGAUUGGCUCAAUGGUCUUGGCAAAUUUAGUGGAUUGGAGUACUUGAAAAUUGAUGUACCACAAAAAGUUAAUUUUCAUGAUGUCUUUCGACUUCCGACAUCUUUUCCACUAAACAUCAAGAAGUUGACACUUCAAGGAACUUGCCUUCCAUGGGAUGACAUGGCCAUUAUUGCCACAUUGCCUAAUCUUGAGGCUCUAAAAUUGAAACGUAAAGCAUUCUGUGGCUCGGAGUGGAAAACAACGGAGAAUGGAUUUUACAAAUUAAAGUACUUGAAAAUUGCAGUGUUAGAUUUUAAGCAUUGGAGUGCUAGUUUUCCAGUUCUUGAAUGCCUAAUACUUGAUUUCUGUAGGAAAUUGAAAAAAUUUCCUAUUGAAUUUGCUGAUAUUACAACAUUGCAGUUAAUUGAGUUGACUCGAUGUGACUCUUCCCUUGUUACUUCUGCUAAACAAAUUCAUGAAAAGCAAUUGGAGUGCCUUGGAUACACUAGACUUGUUGUACGUGAUUAUUGUACUCUUCCUUGAAGGUAAUAUUCUACAAUUUAAUUUGUGGAUUUUGCAACCUAUAUUCUGAGCCUUAUGAUUCAAUGAAGUAUUUUCUUUAAAUUAAAGUUUUCUGAGCGUUCAUGUUUCAUGUCUCUUCAUGUUUCUUAUUUGGUUUCCAUUUUGAGGAUGAAAGCUGAGAGGAAUAGAGCACAAUUUAUCACACAUUUGAGCGUGGACGACAUGGGGUCAUUACUCGGAUUCAGCAA